AUGGCUGGUCCCCUGUGGUGGGCCACAGCCUUUGUCCAGAGACACAGGACAGCCCUCUUAGUGGGCUCCUGCACAAGCCUGUUUGGAGCUCAAAUCUCCUACCACCUCUUCGCGGAUCCUGUUGCCCAGUGGCUUUACCAGUACUGGCCUCAGGGCCAGCCAGCCCCACUUGCCCCACAGCUGCAGAGCCUCUUCCAAGAUGUGCUACAGGACAUGGGCAUCCCCUCAGGCCACUGCUACAAACCUUUCACCGCCUUCACCUUCCAUCCUGUGAGUGCUGGCUUCCCAAGACUCCCUUCUGGUGCUGUAGUGGGCAUCCCUGCCAACUUCCUGGGUGGCCCAACGACCAACACUAACCAUCCUGUGAUCAUACAUGGGCAGAGUAUCAACUGGCAGAGCCCAGCAGGCACUCGGCUAAAAGAGGCCCUGACACUGACCCCUGAUGCCCAGAAGUUCGCCUUGGCCAGAGAGGUGAUGUACCUAGAGAGCAGCGCCUCUGCCCUGCAGGCCCUGCCAGCCCCAGCUUGCCUGGCAGGAACCUGGGCACUGACUGUGAGUGCCAAGCAUGCACUGGGGCUCUAUGGAGGCCCCAUGAACUUACGAGCUGCCUUUAACUUGGCGGCAGCAGUGGCAGGCUUCGUGGCCUAUGCAUUCUCCACAGACUCUCUCACUCAUGCCUUGGAAGGCUGGCUCGACCGCCGCACGGCCUCACUCUCUGCAGCCUAUGGGCGGGGUGGAGUGGAGUUCUACGAGAAAGUUCUGACAGGCAACAUGGCCCUGCGCAGCCUCUUGGGCAGCCGUGGAGAGAAGCUGUAUACACCCAGUGGGAAUGUUGUCCCCAGACACUGGUUCCGCAUCAAACAUUUACCCUACACAACCCGCCGUGACUCUGUACUGCAAGUGUGGAGCAUGACUCUCAACCCAGGUCGCUCCUGA